CACACUUAUCAAGACAUUACUGUGACACUGGCCUCUAAGUGGAUAAAAUGCGACUGUAUAUCCUAUCGUCCCUUCUGGUGCAAUUGGCCUUUACCUUUCAACACCCAUUCCAGGUUCAGACUGGCCAGUUGGAUACCAAUAACGAACCGUCAGGAUGUUGCGUCUGCCAUUUCAAAGAUACGUUGUACAUGGAGUCCAAAUGCGGCGCGACGACCUCGUUUAUGAAUCUGAUUCAGAAAAUCGUGUCGUCCAGGUGUGACAUUUCGGAUCCGUGUGGCAGGCUUGGGAAGGAGGAAGUACCUCACGGAGAAUGGUUCGACUUUAUCAUUGUUGGUGCCGGCGUAGCCGGCCCUAUAAUCGCCAGGAGGUUAAGCGACAAUCCUCGGUGGAGAGUUCUGUUAAUCGAGGCAGGACCAGAAGAACCAUCGAUGACUGCCAUUCCAGGACUCGCAUUUCACACGAUCAAUUCUACUGUAGAUUGGAAGUUCAAGACGGAGCCUACGGAGCCACAUCCGACCGCAUGUUUAGAAACCAAUGGAGCCUGCACGUGGCCACGAGGAAAAAUGAUCUCGGGAACGGGUGGUAUGCACGGAAUGAUGUACGCCCGAGGACAUCCGGAAGUGUACAACAGCUGGGCCAGAAACGGUGCCGUAGGUUGGUCCUACGACGAGAUCUCCCACUACUUCGAGCGGGCUGAGGAACCAACGGACCAGUCGAUGGUGUCCGAGAAACCGAGAUCUGUCCCGGUACCGGGUCCGAUGAAAAUCCAAUAUUAUUCCCAUAAGCCAAUAUUCGCCGAUGAGAUCCUGAACGCUGCGGCCGAACUGGGCUAUCGUACGUCCAAGCUGAAGGAAUACAUGCAGACCGGAUUCAUGAUUGCCCCAAUGACGACCGACAAUGGAAAGCGUGGGACAACAUCAAGGCACUAUCUGAGACCAGUCCGAGGCAGACGGAACCUAAGUGUUUUGAUCAACGCGCAUGUGACGAAGAUUCUACUGAACCAGUGGCAGAGCAAAGCAUAUGGUGUGGAGUUGAUCGACACCGCUGGUUUUAAAAGAAUCGUGAAAGCUAACAAAGAGGUGAUCCUGACCGCCGGAACAAUUGGAUCACCCCAGAUCCUCAUGAACUCCGGAAUAGGGCCCAAGGAACAUCUAACUAAAUUAGGUAUGCACGUGAUCAAGGACCUUCCUGUGGGGAAGAAUCUUCACAACCACGUGUCCGUUGCUGUACACUACAGUAUCAGGGACACUGCUUACGAGACUCUCACGAUGGACAGCGUGAACGAGUAUUUGGAGACACGAUCCGGCCCUCUGAGCAGCACCGGACUGACCCAAGUGACAGCGUUUCUCGAAAGUAGUUACGCGGCUAGUGGUGUGCCAGACAUUCAAGUUUUCUUUGAUGGGUUCUUGCCGAAGUGUCCGAGAACCGGCCUACAGUUCGAGUGCGUGGACGGGGCGCUUGCCCUCUGCCCCAAUAGAAGGCAGAUCGUGAUGAGACCAACGGUGGUCACGGUAGCGAGUUAUGGAUACAUGAAGCUACGUUCCGGUGAUCCACUCGCGCCACCUUUGAUUUAUCCGAACUACUUCACCGACACGAAGGAUCUAAAGGUCCUCAUCGAGGGCAUUAAAAAGUCCAUGGACCUUGUGAACACGCAAGCCAUGAAGAACUGGGACCUACGAUUGGAAACUGUGAUUCAUCCGCUUUGCACCAAUUACCAUUUUGAUAGUGACGCGUACUGGGAAUGCUACAUAAGAGCCGCAACGGGACCAGAGAACCACCAGGCAGGCACUUGCAAAAUGGGCGCUUACAAUGAUCGAACAGCGGUCGUGGAUCCGGAACUUCGAGUCCGUGGGACGAUGAACAUUCGGGUCGCUGACGCUUCCGUAUUCCCAAUUGUGCCAAAUAGUAACCCGAUCGCUGCUAUCAUGAUGACGGCCGAAAAAGCGGCUGACAUGAUCAGGCAUACGUGGUCUAAUAUGUGAAUCUCGAUUAUAUACUACUACGACGAUCAAAUAAAGACUUUUCUCUUUUGUAA